AUGAAUCCGCUCGGGCGACCUCUCCACAAACAGCAGCACCUGCUGCUGCUGUUGCUUCUGCUUGCCUUCGGUGCACCUAUUGCUACACCAGCAGUAGCACCAGCAGCAGCACCAGCAACAGGAAUAGGGGAUCCAGCAACGGCAACGGAUAUUAGCUUGCACGGGCUCUCUGCGACAAGUUGGGCAGACAGCGAUUUGGCGGAAGGGACUCAGGGCACCAUUUUGGAUUCAGAGGUUGGAGAAGAGCAUCAGGGAGGCAAGUCAACUGAACAGGCUUCACAGUACAGAAGUAUGUGGUCUCCCUCUCACCUCUUGGAGGAGCCGGUGCUGAAUAGUAGCAACAACAACACACAGGUGCAAGCGCAUGGGGCGCCCGUAGAGGCAUCCCUGCGCACGCGGCAUGUGACACGCCUGGUGGUGUUGCUAGCUGUCUUGGGGCUUGGAGCAGCCAUGUUUUUCCGCGGUGCAUCUGUAGGUAAGCAAGGGUCUGUCGAAGAGGAGGCGCAUCCGCCAACAGGCGGCUUAAAGGGUCCAAUAAAAGAGGCCCCCACAGCAGCAGCCGUUCUAACCAAAGCGCAUCUAAUAGCUAAGCAUUACGACAUAGACAGCCUCCACAGUAUGAUGGAGGCAACAGAACGCCUUGAACGCUUUCUGGGCGGCUCGAGUACGCUGCGCGACGUGUUAAUGCUGCAGAGGCGCGCCAGCGCGAUCAUGUCGAAUGUACACUUUCUCGUUGGUAUUGACCCGCAGAUGCUGAAGCAACAGCUGCAGGAUCGGCCGCCUCAGCCUGAGGAUGUGGCGAGGCUGCUGCAGCUCGACAGCGACGCGCAACUGUCUCAACUAACACGCGCAAUAGAAGGCAGCGUCUCGCAAGUUGCAGGAAACAAGCAUAUGGAGGUAAUACGUACUGAAACGUUUGUAACCAGUGCAUAUGAGGCAUCUUUGGCUGUUUCCAAAGAAGAUGGUAGCAGAGAGAAAAACGUAGAGUUGCAGCUGCUGCACUGCUCUGCUGUUGCUGUGCACUACUCAACGGAGUUGCAACAGGCACGAGAUGAUUUGGCCAAGCUCAAAAACCACCGGGUAGAAACACUAGCGGAGAUGGCUGCAAUGCUGCAGGCCUGUGCAGCAGCAGCAGAAAGGGUUCAAACAGCAGUAGAACGAGCGCGCGAUUGCUCAGCCAAGGGCACAGAGCUGCUCGCAUCUCUAACAAAUCCUGAAGAAGCGCUCUUGCUAGAGUUGCAGGAUGAAAUAGACAAUAUCCGCCUCUACGAAUCAGCAGCCGAGAGGGUGAAGUAUCAGUUGAAGCAGGAAGAGCAGCAGAAGCUGGAGGACGAACUAAGCAAAGCACGCGAAUGCAUCGAUUUUGCUAUUGAAGAGCUGGAGGCACUCGAAGAAUUGAAGGACGCAGUGCAAAACCCAUUCACACCGGGACCCAUCAAAUACAGCUUAAUUGAACUCCACGUCCGUAGCAAGACACUCCACCGCAUGCUCGGCAUAUUCGCAGACAGAUUCGCUCCUUUCGUUGAAGCAAUGCUCGCUAAAGUUCCGGAGGAGCAAACCCAACAUCUGCUGCAGGAUCUGCAGCAGCAGGAACUGCAAGACCAGCAGCAAGAACUGCAGCAGCACCAGCAAGAACUGCAAGAGCAGCCGCACGAACUGCAGCAGCAGCAGCAAGAACUGCAGCAGCAGCAGCAAGAACUGCAGCAGCAGCAGCAAGAACUGCAGCAGCAGCAGGAACUGCAAGAGCAGCCGCAGGAACUGGAACAGCAGCAGCAAGACCUGCAGCAGCAGCAGCACGAUUUGGAGCAGCAGCCGCACGACCUGGAGCAGCAGCCGCAGGACGUGCAGCAGCAGCAGCACGACCAGGAGCAGCAGCCGCACGACCUGCAGCAGCUGCCGCACGACCUGCAGCAGCAGCAGCAGCAAGAAAUGCAGCAGCAGCAGCAGGAACUGGAACAGCAGCAGCAAGAACAGCAGCAGCAGCCGCAAGACUUGCAGCAGCAGCAGCACGACCUGGAGCAGCAGCCGCACGACCUGGAGCAGCAGCCGCACGACCUGCAGCAGCAGCAGCAGCAAGAACAGCAGCAGCAGCCGCACGACCUGCAGCAACAGCAGCAGCAGCAAGAACUGCAGCAGCAGCCGCACGACCUGCACCAGCAGCCGCACGACCUGGAAGAGCAGCCGCACGACCAACCGCUGCAGCUGCACGAACUGCAGCUGUAG